GGCUGUUACUAAUCGUUUUAUUUUUGUCUAGGUCUUUGAAAAUAUAACUCCUGAGUUACAUGUUUGCCUUCUUUGUGGAAGUAUCACUCAACAUCCCAUACAAUAGCAUUCAGCUACAACAGGCAACACGUUUUUAGCUUAAAUGGCACGUCUUGCUGAGUGGCUCUGUUGGUCGGAGCAUCGUCCCGUGCACCAGAAGGCUGCGGGUUCAAUUUCUGGCCAGGGCACAUGCCGAGGUUUCAGGUUCGAUCCCCAGUCAGGGUGUGAAUGGGAGUCAACUGAUCCAUGUUUCUCUCCCCCCCACCCCUUACUCUAAAAUCAAUACACCUGUCCUCAUGUGAGGAUUUUUAAAAGUGUCACUUCAAAACCCUUGGAGUGACCAUUUUUCAAAGUGCCCCCUGUAAAUUUUUGAAAAAUCAUUUAUGAAAAUUACAGUGAAUUAUAAAGAGGAAAAUGGUAUUUCCUUGCUUAAUUUUGGUAUUUCUUUGAUUUUUACACUGUGGUCAAAAUAUCGUGAGAUACCUGGUGGUCACGUUUGUGCAAUCCUGUUCUUCAGGGCCCUGCGGCCAUUUUUAAUAUCGUGCCCAGAUUUGGUGCCUUUUCUCCAAGUUCUGGUACCAGUAGUCCAUCUCCCGGGAACUCCUUGUAACUGACACGGAAUCAGAAGGUACAGUGUGAAGACAGACACACGUCCGUUCCAGUCUUCAGGGCCCCGCUGCCCUCCCUCCGUUUUCCACGGAGGGCUUGUGCGGCUCUUCUCAGUGGGAGCUCAUAAAACACAAACCGGCCAUCUCGUCUGGCCCUGAGAAGCACAGACGUGAAGGAGUUACAUCCAGAAAGCGGCUCCCAGCCCCGCACUCCACUGGGACCCACAGCCAGCGGACAAGCCAGCAGACACGCGUGUCCAGGCAGAAACUGUGGGCUCAGACAGGGACCCAGACUGGGCCCGGGGAGACCGCCUCUCGGGGACAAGCAGCUUUAUUGUCCGUACCAGGAGUCAGUCAACGUGUGUAUGGAACACCUCCCGUCUGCUACUCACGGCCACACGACCACCCACGCUCACGGCUCCUCCGGGCACCCAGUGUGGGGGUCCUUUCCACCAAGCAGCUCUGCCAUACCCGCUGGCUGUCCUGCCCUUCCGCCUGAUUCUGGCACCCUUCCUGGAGAGAGCGUUGGGUCCCGCAGGCCUGGGGCCUGGUCCCACUACAGCACUCCCUUCAGAUGCCAGUCACAAACAGCAGGGGCCCAGGUUACCCCCAGAGGCUGUCUGACUUCGCUACAAGCAGGGGUUCCCACACCCCCUUUGCAGGCCUCCUGCGUGCAGUACCGCCUCGUGGUCCGGGAUGCCAGCAGCCUCCAGAUCCUUCAGCUGUACACCUGCGUGGACCAGAUCCAACACGUCGAGUGGUCGGCCGACUCCCUGUUCCUCCUGUGCGCCAUGUACAAACGGGGGCUGGUACAGGUGUGGUCCCUGGAGCAGCCGGAGUGGCACUGCAGGAUCGACGAGGGCUCCGCGGGGCUGGUGGCCUCCUGCUGGAGCCCCGACGGGCGCCACAUCCUCAACACCACCGAGUUCCACCUGCGGAUGACGGUCUGGUCCCUGUGCACAAAGUCCGUCUCGUACAUCAAGUACCCCAAGGCCUGUCAGCAGGGAAUCACCUUUUCCCGGGACGGCCGCUACCUGGCCUUGGCCGAGAGGCGGGACUGCAAGGACUACGUCAGCAUCUUCGUCUGCAGCGACUGGCAGCUGCUGCGGCACUUCGACACGGGUACCCAGGACCUCGCCGGCAUCGAGUGGGCCCCCAACGGCUGUGUGCUGGCGGCGUGGGACACCUGUUUGGAGUACAAGGUCCUGCUCUACUCGCUGGACGGCCGGCUGCUGGCGGCAUACUGCGCGUACGAGUGGUCCCUGGGCGUCAAGGCGGUGGCCUGGAGCCCCAGCAGCCAGUUCCUGGCUGUCGGCAGCUACGACGGGAAGGUGCGCAUCCUCAAUCACGUGACCUGGAAGGUGCUCGCGGAGCUCGGGCACCCGGCCUCCGUCGGCGACGCCAGAGUGGUGGUGUAUAAGGAAGCGGAGAAGAGCCCUCGGGGCUCGCUGGGCCACCCUGCCUGCCCUGCACCCAGGCCCACGGAGAGCAGAUACGAGAUCGCCGAGGUGCCGGUGUCCCUGCAGACCCUGAAGCCCGCUGCUGACAGAGCAAACCCGAAGAUCGGCAUCAGCGCGCUGGCCUUCAGUCCCGACAGCUGCUUCCUGGCCACGAGGAACGACAACGUCCCCAACGCUGUGUGGAUCUGGGACGUGCGGAAGCUGCGGCUGUUCGUGGUGCUCGAGCAGCUGGGCCCCGUGCGCGCCUUCCAGUGGGACCCGCAGCAGCCUCGUCUGGCCAUCUGCACGGGAGGCAGCAAGAUGUACCUGUGGUCGCCAGCGGGCUGCGUGUCCGUGCAAGUGCCCGGGGAAGGUGACUUCCAGGUGCUGUCCCUCUGUUGGCAUUCCAACGGGGACUCGCUGGCCCUCCUCAGCAAGGACCACUUCUGCCUGUGUUUCCUGGAGACGGAGGAUGGGGACGGCCCCGCCCUCGGGCGGCCGGGCAGCCUCACGUAGGGCUGCGCAGGAGUGCCAUGGCGGUGGGGGGCGGGGGGCGGGCGGGGGCGGGCCGCCGUGAGAAAGAGGCCAGCUCCUCGGGCCGUGCUCCAGACGCCGUGGUCCAGUGAGGGGGCUCGCUUUUAUUUUUCCAUAGUGAGGCAUUCUUGUAAAUACGUAUGGUGUGAAACUCAUUUUUGUUAUUUAAAUAUUUGCUAGUUCAUUAAAAGGCUGAAGCUGA